UCAAAAACAAUAGUGACAUUUUUUAGAGAGUGGUUCUGUUCUGUAUCAGUGUUCCGUAUUCAGAAAAAUAAUAAAUGUUUAUACUCUCCCUUAGGUUCAGUGGCAUAUUUGCACCUCAUUUCCUUCCAAAGGAAUCCAAAGUUACAAGUAGCCUAAAAUAUGAAUUUAGAAAAAGACUUAAAAUUCCAAGGAAAUGACCCUGGAGCUGUACGUUUCGGAAAUUUUAUUAACUAUUACAGUUUCUAUCCGCCUAACGAACGGAUAGAACGUUUGCCAAAAAACAUCUGGAAAACAGAAGAUAUAAUAUACCACUGCUUGGAUGUCGGUUGCAAUACAGGUGAUUUGACUCAAGCUUUCAGUUCUUUCUUAUGCAGAUAUGGAAAUCAAAAUAAAAUUCUAGGAAUAGAUAUAGAUCCAACACUAAUAGAUCGAGCUAAAGAACAAAAUACUACAGAUAUAAAAUUUGUCUGUAUUGAUAUAAUGAGUUCUGAUGGGUACGACUUUAUCCAAACAUAUCUGAAUAAUAUUGGUUUGAAAAAAUUUCAAAUAGUAACAUGUUUCUCAGUAACAAUGUGGAUUCAUUUAAACCAUGGUGAUGCAGGACUGAAAACCUUCCUUGAACGUAUGUCAAAUCUUGCAGAAGUUUUAGUUAUUGAAGCACAACCUUGGAAAUGCUAUAAGAGUGCUGUGAAACGAAUGAAGAAGAGCAAAAAUAAUUUCCAGCAUUUCCAGUUCCUUAAAUAUAGAGAAAAUAUAGUUAAAGAUAUAGAAGAUAUCUUAAUACAACAAUGUAAAAGAAUCAAAAUCACAGAAACUGAAGAUACUAAGUGGGGUAGAAAGACGCUAUUCUUCAGGUGAUAAAAUGGCAUAGUUCUCAUUUGGAAUUGUGAAUAUGCUAACUGCAUAAUUGGAAUUUGCUCUCAAAAUAUACACAAAGAUUGUUUAUUUCCUUCGUAAUAUGAACAAAAUUUCCAAAGUGUUGAGAUAUUUUUAUAAUUUACAGUCCGUUUCUUUACCAUCUCAAAUGUAAAGUUGAGGCUUAAUUAUUAUUAGGAAUAAUAAGUCGUCUAAAAAUUAAUAAAUACUGACUGUAUUGUAUUAUCUAUUGGGACAUAAGUUUCCAUGAAUGCACAUAAUAAAGUUAUAAAAUUUA